UAACAUCCCAUUAAUGAGAAUUGUUCAGAGCGUCAAACAUGUCAAGAGAAGAGGCUCUAAAGUACUGAAGGAGGGAUGGGUUAGUCAUUACACUAAUAAAGACAGUUCUCGCAAAAAGCACUACUGGAGACUCGACACGAAAGCCAUAACAAUGUUUCAAAACGAAGGCUCUUCUAAAUACUAUAAAGAGCUACCUUUGCCUGAAAUAUCAUUAAUCAAUUGGAAUCGCUUGCAGUCCCAAACCAAUAGUGUUUCCCAGUAUUGCUUUGAAAUAAUUACUGCAAACGUCACGUAUUUUGUUGGCGAAGAAGCGGAGAUCGCAAAGACUUGGGAGACUGCCAUCAGACAGGCCUUAAUGCCGAUGACUCCCAACACUCACGAUAUUAGAUACCAAUCGGGCCAUCAAAUCCAAUCGGGACAGCCAUCCGAUCACAACAGUUCUUUGGAUAUCAGUUAUCAGUACCAGAUAUUUCCCGACGAAGUGUUGGGUUCGGGACAGUUCGGUAUAGUCUAUGGCGGAGUGCACAAGACAUCCGGCCGUUCCGUA